ACUAAAUUCCCUAAAACUUACUACAUGAUUCUGUCAAAUGCGCCGCUUACUAAAACAACAACAGUGGCGUCCCUUCGUUUCUCCAACAAAACUCAACAAUGGCUUCAUCUUCUUCUUCUCAUCCAAAACUAAUCCAAAUCCAAACGAACACCAAGAAAUCCUCAUCAACGCCAUCUCCAAAUCCUUACACUCCAACGACACCUGGGAAACCCUCUCCACAAAAUUCUCCUCCACUGAUCUAUCAGACUCCCUCGUAUACCAAAUCCUUCUCCGAUUCAAACAACCCGAAACAGCGAAACGAGCUUUAAACUUCUUCCACUGGUCAGCUCACACACGAAACCUCCGCCACGUAACAACCUCUUACGCCGUCGCGAUUCACAUCCUCGUUAAAUCUCGAUUACUCAUCGACGCUCGAGCUUUAAUCGAAUCGUCUAUUUUGAAUUCAGAUUCCGAUUUAGUCGAUUCGUUGUUGGAUACUUACGAGGUCUCUUCCUCUACUCCUCUAGUGUUUGAUUUGGUUGUUCAAUGUUACGCAAAGAUUAGGUAUUUGGAAUUAGGAUUCGAAGUUUUCAAGAGACUGUGUGGUUCUGGAUUUGUUCCUAGUGUGAUUACUUUGAAUACGUUGAUCCACUUCGCUGCGAAAUCGAAUCGGGUCGAUCUCGUUUGGAGGAUUUACGAGUUCGCGAUUGAUAAGAGAGCGUAUCCGAACGAGACGACGAUUCGGAUUAUGAUCAGUGUGUUGUGUAAAGAAGGGAGAUUGAAAGAAGUUGUUGAUUUGUUAGAUAGGAUUCAUGGGAAGAGAUGUUCACCUCCUGUGAUUGUUAAUACUAGUUUGGUGUUUCGUGUUUUGGAAUCGAAUCGUAUCGAGGAGAGUAUGAGUUUGUUGAAGAGAUUGUUGAUGAAGAACAUGGUUGUUGAUACGAUUGGUUAUUCGAUUGUUGUGUACGCGAAGACGAAAGAAGGGGAUUUGGAGUCUGCGCGGAAGGUGUUCGACGAAAUGCUUCAUAGAGGUUUUAGUGGGAACGCGUUUGUUUAUACGGCUUUUGUUAAGGUUCGUUGCGAAAGAGGUGAAGUUGAAGAAGCGGAACGGUUGAUGAGUGAGAUGGAGAGUUCUGGAAUCAGUCCGUAUGAGGAAACUUUUGAUUGUCUCAUCGAGGGUUGUGCGAGAUUCGGGAGAGAAGAGAAAGCUUUGGAGUAUUGCGAGGUAAUGGUAACCAGAGGGCUUAUGCCUAGUUGUUCUGCUUUCAAUGAGAUGGUUAAGAGACUAAGAAAGAUUGAGAAUGUGAAUUGCGCUAACGAAAUCCUAACGAAGUCUAUAGAUAACGGGUUUGUCCCUGAUGAACAUACGUAUUCUCAUCUGAUUCAAGGAUUUGUGGAAGGAGGCGAUAUUGAACAAGCGCUAAAGCUGUUCUACGAGAUGGAAUACCGAAAAAUCUCUCCCGGUUUCGAUGUGUUCAGGGCACUAGUUAUUGGACUUUGCUCUUGCGGUAAAGUUGAAGUAGGAGAAAAGUACUUGAGAAUUAUGAAGAGGAGAUCGAUACAGCCUAAUGAAGAUAUAUAUGAGGCAUUGAUUAAGGCGUUCCAUAAAAUUGGCGAUGAAGCAAAUGCUGAUAGAGUUUAUGAUGAGAUGAUUUCAGUUAGAUGAUUCAAACCGCAUGGUUUAAGUAUGUUUGGGUUGGAUCAUUUUUAGUCUCCUUGUAGCUUCAUACGAUCAUUUAUUAGAGGAGGACCACACGAAAAAAAUGAAAGUCAACUUCUACGAGCGUUAUUAAAAACAAACUCACCUCAUUGUAAAAUUAUAAAUUCUUAGAGAGAUGUAUUGGGAAUUAGCAAAUCAAUCUAUAAGAUUCUUAUAGAUUUUUA